UGAAGGAUUCUGGUAGUUGUAGUCAAAUGACGCCAUCAUGCAAAUUGCAUAUUCAGAUCUGCAAUAGACCACCAUCCUAUAAUAAUAACAGUACCAGGAAUAGCAAAAAUCUUUAUAGGAGGAAGUGCCCGUCAUGUAAACAUGUGGUUUUUAGGGAGGUCCUCCACAAAAUAAAAAGUACAAAACAAAUAUUCAAAAAAUAUUAAAAAAAAAAAAUUAAGAUGAAAAUACUAAAUAUAGAAUGUCACAGAAAUAAUGAAGACUUAAAAAUGUACAUAUUUACAGAGCAUUGCUGUGUUAUCCCAUGAACUGUGUGCUUUAGAAAUUGUAAUUUCUCAAAUGAAGCUGUAAGCUGAUAAAAAUGUCUACAGUGGAAUCUCAAUUUCUCAAAUUCUCAAUGUUUUGAACCUCCAGAUAACUUGAACCAAAGUCACUUUCCUCCCCUGAGUUAACCACCGUGAUUUCCCCCAUUUUCUCAAACUUCCCAAAUUUUCAAACCAUUUUCGUUUUCCCUGGGGGUUCAAUAGAUUUGCAUUCCACUGUAUUCAGUGACCUCUGUAAAGCUAGUCAUUACAUUUUAGCAAACAUCUCAUAAAAUGAGACUGCUAGUUAGUUCAAUUAUUUGCUCAUCAUCUCUAUUCUCAUUGACAAAAUUUCAUAUUCCGAUAUUCCGAGUGGGAAGAAGCUACAAAUGUCUGCAAAUUAAGCCCAGUGUGAUGCGUUAAUGGACCUUAGUCAGCCUCCAACAUUUUCAAUGCCAUUGAAAUUAUUGAUAUUUCAUGGUGAAGCAAAAUCUUAUUGGUUUACUGGGGGUGAACCAGCUGCUGUCAACAACAAGAAAAGUAUUCAGUGUAAAUACGUAAAUAAUGGCAACCAGUGUCAGGAGAGAAUCAGUAAGAGAUCCAAGUCAGGAUACUGUAAUGCACACAGGACUGUUAUACGUAUUUCCAAACAAGCAGUGGCCUCUUCUCCCAAACAACUUCACACAAACUCAAAACCUGUUCCUGAUCCACAAAGAGACGAUUCAGCUAUGGUGGACCAACAACAGUUGGAACGGCUUCACCAACUCUCUGAAGCAAGCAGCUGUACCACCUCUCACAUGCCACAGGCCACUGAAGAACUUCCACAGGAAAUGUUCAAUGUGGAGGAUGAUGACAGAGAUAGGUGUGUUUAUCAUUCACGACUUGUUCUUGAUUAAUAAAUGCAAUAAACCAACAGUAUUUUUUCACUAUUACGCCAUUUUACCACACAAGGUCAAGAGAACGCGCAAAAUGUAUAUGGCUGAACAUUGGCCUCGUUCUUUUCUCGGGUGUUUAUGGACCUCGAAUCCGUCUGUGUCCAUAAACGCCGAAAAAAGAACUUGGCCAAUAUCCAGCCAUCUUGACCUCACGCUUGGUCAAUAACCAUUCUCUCGCGGGACACAGCGGGUGAUCCCGGGCGGGCUUUCCAGCUUGGAUAGCCAGUCACAGCGCCGGAUUCGGUUCAUCUUGCCCGCUCAGUGAGCUAGCCAUAUAGACA